AUUGGAUAAAGUCUUUGACGUCACUUCCUUCUUUCUCUUGACCCACCGCCAUAGUAGCGAGAGGACUGUGGAUAAAAUGUCGUCCCACAAGACUUUCAGGAUCAAGCGUUUCCUCGCUAAGAAACAGAAACAGAACAGACCGAUUCCUCAGUGGAUCAGAAUGAAGACUGGCAACAAGAUCAGGUACAACUCUAAGAGGAGACACUGGCGUAGGACUAAGCUUGGCCUGUAAACAUGAGGUGUUUGAUCCCAUCAACCAACAUCUGCUGGG